UCCAACAUGGAUGUAGAUAAAUCAUCUUUUCCUUCGCGUCUUCUUGACGUGCUUGAGGCCAUCGCAGAAGCUCAUUUUGUGUCUUUCGACCUAGAACUUUCUGGCGUACCUGUCAAGGGACAAGCAAAAGAAAAGCCUGGCAAACCCUCGUUGCAGGAGCGCUACCUCGAAACCAAGAGGGCUGCUGAGCAGUAUCAGAUCUUACAAAUUGGCCUCACAUGCGUUAAAGACGAUGUGCUUCAAGGUGCCUACGUCUGCAAGCCCUUCAACUUCAAUCUCAGUCCAAUCCUCGAGGAACGAUUAGAUGUCGAUCGCACCUUCUCUUUUCACAGUGGAGCUGCUGAGUUCCUGCUUGGAGUUGGCUUCAAGUUCGAUCUUCCUUUCACCUCUGGAGUUCCAUAUCUGUCCAGGGAUGAAGCACAACUAGCAGAGGAAAGAGCAGCCGCAAGGAACGACAAGUCAUCUUUCACAGAUAUUGAGAUCAAGCCAGAAGAUGUGCAAGCUCUGGAGUUCCUUAGAAGGGUUCGUUCUGAGAUCGAUGACUGGCUCAAGACCGGAAAGCCGAGUGCAUACUCUGUCGUCAUUGGCCCCUUGGAUUCUAACGGAGAUGCCAACCCUGAGCUGAACCGGUUCGAGAGACGUUUGGUGCACCAGAUCGUGCGUGCAGAAUACCCUAAUCUUGUCAGCAUACCCAACAAAGGUCUCGUCCGUGUUUCCAGGCUCGAUCCCGAACGUGAGGAGUAUAUCAAGGCUCAGCGCAAACGAGAGGUUCACGACCGGAUUGUCCGACAAACAGGAUUCAGAUGGAUCGUGGAAGCUCUUUGUGGAAAUCCUCCCGAAGGCAUUGACAUCCGAUCAUUUGCCACAACUCCAGGAGGUGUUCCUGGGUUUGUCGACCUAGACAUGUUAAAGUCACGCUUCAACCGCGCCAAACACAUGAUCCGCAAUAAGAAGACUGCUCUUUUCGGUCAUAACCUCUUCCUCGACCUAAUCUAUUUCUACAAGACCUUUAUCGGAGCCCUACCCGACACUGUGGAUGAAUUUGCCAGCUUGAUCCACGAACUCUUCCCAAUUAUUGUCGACACAAAAUACAUGGCCACUCACAACUGUGGAGACAUCAAUCCUCAGUCAUCUCUCGAACAGAUAGCAGAGAAGCUUUCAGAGCAACAGAAGCCUAGAGUCAUCACACAUGAACAUUACAACAAAUACACAGAUACUACGGCAUUCCACGAAGCUGGCUACGACAGCAUGCUCACAGCUGAAGUCGCUGUGCGUCUUUCAGCAAAACUUGAGCUCGCGGGAAACUAUGAUCACGAUGAGCUUCAAAACACAAUUCCGCCUACACCGCCAGAUGUCGACAACGAAUCAAGCACAACGAACAAGAAGUCAAAGAAGAAAAAGAAGAACAAGAAGUCAAAUGCCACCGCCCCUACACCUCCAGCACAUCAAGGCGGGCGCUUUGCUCACGCCACAGCUUUCGACCAACUUCAAGACACUCUUGACGUGUCCGAGGAAGAUGAACUCAAGGCACCAGAACGUGAGGUAGGCACUGUGAUGCCAUCCUUCAACUCUGGCUUCUGGAAGGUCUACAAUAACAAACUGCGUGUCUUUGGCACUCAGGAGGGCGUUGCCAUUUUGGACUGA